AUGACGGGUCAAGGCUCUUUUAUACCAGGAUUCGGUCGUCCCGUGACGGUCGACUACAUUGACCAUCACGUCCAAAAGCAGCACCCAAUGUUUGUGAACCCACCCGUGCAGUACGAUCCCAUGUCUGGGCAGUACGCCCCCGUAACCGAGCAGUACGCCCCGAUGUCUGGGGAGUACGCCCCAAACAACCAGGCGUUGGCGCCGCCUCCGGACGGCGAUGACCUCCCACCGAGGCCGGAUUGGACAAACAUCAACGCCAUGGGGUUCUGGAACGGCAUCUUUCCCGAUGCCAUGACCGAGUUCAAAAAGACCAAGGAGCCCCGGGGCCGGUCCAGCACCGACUAUAGCAUCCGGUGCCCGGAAAGUUGGGACGAGAUCUACCACCGGCUCGAAGCGGCGCAGGCCAAGUACCAGCAAGUGGGAGGGCCGGUAGGAUGGCUGCGGAAAAUGCGGCGGACGGUGGCUAACAACAUCACGCCAGUGGCAGGGGCCGCCGGGUUUGGCACCAAAGCUGCCCCUUGCGAUCCCAUUGCCACGCCGGUAUUGGCUGCCGUGGAGCUGGUCUUGGAUGCUGUCAAGACUGCCGCGUGCGUGCGCCAACAGGCUGUCGACGCGUUUGACGGCCUCAUCCCCAUCUUCUCGGACGUCGAACUGUUCUUGGGGACCUUCCGGGGCGACGUACGUAUCCGGAGGGCCGCGGUGGACCUAACCGUCACGACGCUAGACGCCAUCGAGCGGGCCAUUGGCUUCUUCAUAAGCAACGAGUUCCUGAGGGGUGGCAAAGCUCUGCUCAACGGCGGCGACUACGAGAAGAGCAUGGUAGAGAGCCUCGACAUGAUCAAGGUGAGGAGCUCAAGUCUCAUGGAGGAAGCCGCAAAGUCGCACAUUCAUGAAUUCCACAUGUACUCCCGCGAGACGCAAAGGUUCCGCAGGCAGCUCGUGCAGAUGGUGCAGAACGUGGGCAACGGCAUGAACUCGCUCAACAACUUGCUCGAAGACUACGUGCUGCGAAAGGACCGGGAGCUCAAAGCCGCUCAGCAGGAGAACCAGCGCCUCCAUAUCAUAAACGAGAGGUUGCUGGCCGCCACGCCAUCCCAGCAGGGCCGGUGGACGCUGCCGCCGCCCCAGCCGCAUGCGCCCGCCAUCGGGCCGUACAUCUGCCCAGAGGGCCUGCGGCGGAUUCUCGACACGCCCGACCUCGACCUGGCCGACCUCGCCUUCAUCAACGACAAGAAGGGGCAGCUGCUGGAAGGGGAGCGCACCCAGGCAGAGCAAAUCAUCAACACGCAGCUCUUCCAGCGCUGGAUCGUGUCAACAUCCUCGGCCAAGCUCCUAGUGCACUGGGACUUGAGCCCGCCCGAGACCAUCGCCGACGUCUCACCCCUGUCGGUGCUCUGCGCCACCAUGACGCAGGCGCUGCGGGCCAAGGAGGGCUUCGUGUCGGCGCUGUGGUUCUGCGGGCAGCACAUCGACCCGGCCGAGGCCGGCGGGCGCGUCGGCGGGCGCGCCAUGCUCGCCAGCCUCAUCGACCAGCUGCUGAGGCAGCACGCCUUCGACACGCGGUACAUGUACAGCGACGUCGACCUCGCGGCCUUGCAAGCGGGGGGGCUCGACGCGCUGACCCAGCUGCUGGGCUGGUUGGUGCGGCAGCUGCCCGAGACCGCCACGGUCUUCUGCAUCGUCGACGGUGUGUACCUGUUGGAGCGGGACGAGCUUAAGCACGAGGCGCUGCCCGUGUUGUUGGCCCUCAUCCGCCUCGCCGAGGACAGCAGCGUGGCUGCCACCGUCAAGUUGCUGCUCACGAGCACGCUGGGCACGGACAUCGUGAGGGGGGCCUUCGAGGAGGAAGAUCUGAUCUUGAAUGUGGACGGAGUGCCGCAGCUAGGGUGGGCGCCGAACGACGAGCGGAUGAUCCGGGAGCUGGAAGGAGAGAUGGACGAAGCCGCGUGGAAGUAA